AUGAAAACGAAAGAACGUACGAAUUUUGAGUUCAAGUACACGGCCCCCGGCCGACAAGAUGGCUCUUCUUCUUCGACGACCAACGAAAGCAAAAGUAGUUUUAAAAAUAAAACAACUGCUUGCGCGCAGGCAGCCGAAGAAGAAGAAGCAAGAGAAGAAGAACGGGUCGUAGACGUUCGUUUUGUUCGCCAAGAACCAGGCGAACAUUUUCGACAACCAGUUUGGCGGACAUUUAGGCAGGUGUUAAAUGAAGGCAGAAAAACAAGUACAGCUGCUCUGCUGACUAGUUCACCUUAUAAGGAUAGCCUGGCUAAUGACUUGAGCAAAGCCCAGAAAACAAAUGGAAAAGGAGCUAAAAUACUGCAAAGGAAAUGUGUCGGAAAUGUGGCUAAGAAAUGCUUCGAAAAUCAAGAAAAUGAAGCUCCAGCUGAAAAGGAAAGUGAACGCCAAACAAUGAAGUCAAAAUGGACGAAAAAGCAAUCAGUAACCUCUUCAGAUUCAGAUAUUGAUAUAGCCGGAGAUUUAACAGUUUCCACAGAUGAUGAAGACAGUGAAGAUAACAGCGAGUGUCCGUACUGCAAUGAAACCUAUUUGAGCGACAGAGCGGGCGAAAAGUGGAUUGCCUGUAUCAAAUGUAGAGUCUGGUGUCAUGAAGAGUACUCAGGGACUGAUGAUUAUCAAAAAUUUGUUUGUGACUUUUGUGUCUGUUUUAAGGAAUACGGUUUUAUUUUAUGUAUCUAUUUAGACUGA